UGUGCCAAUACAAUUCAUAUAGCACACAGGACAGCAGUUGAGCACAGCACCGUGCACAAGCAAAUGAGUGAGUCUUAUGAGCGGCGUGUGUGUGACUGAAAUUCGGGGGUACAAUAGCUGUAUCAAUGGUGUUUACAAUUCAGUCAAUGAAAUGAACGAUGUAAAUAAACAUCAUAAGCCAAUAUUCUCCUGCUAUUGAAGCGUUUUUACAUUUAUCGUCAGAAUUCUGUGCGACACAUUCGAAUCGGCAAAGUCGCUUCAACGUGCUUUUGACCGUUUGAUUGAAUUUAAACAACCGAUCAACAUAACUUUCAAAAAGUCAAAGAAAGUAAGAUAAAACAAUUCAAAAACGACUAAAUAAAGACAACAGUGUAGUUUUUUUUUAAAUUCAAACGAUAUCUUUUUGUUGUUGUUUUCAUUUGAAUCUGUCAAAUACGCAACGAAAUUAAAUAGGAAAGAAGAUUUAAAAGAAAAAACGGUGAACGUGUUGAAAAAGUCAUCAAAACGAUCGGUUGACUGGCUCACUUGAACAUGUCAAUUUGAUUCUGUUAAUUUUCUUUUGUUUUUCCAUUUUGUAUUAUUUAUUGGAUUCAUUAUCUGAUCAAUACAGUAUACCUAAACAACUAUGAACUGAAAGUUAAUAUUUGAACAAUCAAUGAUAGUGAAUUGCUGAAAAGUGAAACAAACAAAAGAACAAACGAUACAAAUAAAUAACGAAAUAAAACACACAAACAAGGUACACACGAAUUUUUUCGCGCAAAUCGAAGAGAAGAGAAAAACAUCUUGGCAUUUUCUUCACCCACCUCAACGUAUUUUUAGUUUAUCUCGUUUCUUGUUUCGCUGUCGUAUGUUUGUGUGCGUGAGUUGUUUUUUUUAUAUUCACGGACAACUUAUUUGUUUCGAUUUUGAUUUUGGUCGUUUUUCACAGACACAACGAUCAUUACAAGCAAUAUUCGAAAAGUUUAUACAAUUAGUGCGUAAAAAAGAAUAAACAAACAGCUGCAAAUUAAGUGUUUAAGUUUUAGUCACAAAACGAACGCGAUUCCAUUCAGUGUAAACGUAAAAUAGAAACGCUGAGACACGCGGAAACUUUUGCAAAUUUCUCAACCAAAAAUUUUCUAUUUGACUUGAGUUGUUGUUCAGUUUUCAACGAAACGUUCAAGUGAUCACACUGCCAUUACUCUUACAAAAAAAAAACACCUCGAAAGAGAGAGAAAGAAAAAGAGCACGCGAUAACGGAAAUGAAAAGCGUAAUAUAAACAAUCAAUUCAUAGUUUGCUCGUUCAUUUGGUUUAACUCGCUCCUUUUAUGUCGACUGCCAAACUUUUGCAGGAACAUAAAUAACCACGGAUAAAGAACAAUAAUUUAAAGAUAGACAUAUUUUUUAACAUAACAAUCAUAAUUUAUUAAAAGUAAUAACAGUUCAUUGCAGCACAUAAUUUUUGAACAAAAUAAAAAUAAAACACGUAUAAAAAUUAAUUUAAAAAAGCACGGACGACAUUGCAAAAUUAUUUAUUUACCGUUUUUUUUCUGUGCACCAUAUACACCUUGAAAGGAAAAGGAAGAACGAUUCACAUGCAAACAUAACAAUUUUACAAUAAAAAAAGGAGUAGUCUUUACUUGAUAUGCAAAUUUAAGGGAAAAAUAGUUGAAAUUCAUUAAAAGUGCAGUGUAUGACCUAUUCUUGAUCAAAUUGAAUUUAUAUGUAUACAUACAGAUUUUUGCCCUGAAAAAAAGAAACAUUUUACAGAGAAAUAGAGAAUUUUCACAUUUAACAAACACUAACUAAUUGAAAAGAAGAAACUUUUCGCACAAACUGUCGGCACAAACUUACCUGACCCGAUAGCGUGAGAGAGAAAUGCAAAGAAAACAUACACUGACAACGGCCAUUUCGAUAAUUUACAAGUGAUACACAGAAAAGAACUGGAAAAUUAUUGAAGAGUUCAUAAUUGCAAGAGAACUGAAGAAAAACGACGCUUCUGAUAAAAAAAGGAGCCAAUAGCAAACAAAAGAACUUUGACUCUGCCAGUUGUUUGUUUGGUGUACGUAUUUGUGUUUGUGUGUUGACAGGAGAAUAUUUUCGGUUUUAUUUUUUUGUUCACGUCUUCGUUUUGCUGUUGCUUAUAAAAAGAAAGCCAUGACGAAAAAUAACGGUGAACGUGGAAGGAUGACGGCAACUUUCCUUCUGGCUAUUUGCAUUUCACUCAUCAAUAAAGGUGUGAUAGCAUCACCGCGGUACACGGACAACUAUAUCGAGGAAGACAAUCAUUCGCCUGGAUUUUUAACGAUUGGUCAAAAAUACAGCAUUGCCAUUGGUUCGACCGUUGUGCUUCCAUGUAAAAUCAACGAAACAGAGCAAACAGGGCAUGUGCUUGCUUGGAAGCAUGGUAUUGCUGUUUUAACGGCUGGCGAUGUAAAGGUGACCAGUAAUCCGCGUAUACGGUUGAUGCCACCGCAAGGGAUCAUUGAUACAUCGGCCCGUUCACAUUCGAAUAGCUACAAUUUGGAAAUUCAAAAUGUUCGCAAUUCUGACUACGGUGAAUAUGCCUGCCAAAUUGGAUCAAUUGUUCCCAAGGAAAUCGUUCACAGCUUAGAGGUUUUGGUACCACCAAAAAUCGAUUAUCUCGCACCAUCUGCUCGGGUUGAGGUAUCAAAAGGUGCAUCAAUUAAACUUGAAUGCAGGGCCCACCCAUCGACGAAUCCCCCGGCGAAAAUCUAUUGGACUCGAAAGAAUAAUGUCAUGCCAAAUGGAGAAGAGAAUGUUACAAGCAGCAUUUUGGAAAUGAUGCAUGCUGAUCGUCACACUGUCGGACACUAUCGAUGCACUGCUGAUAAUCGCGUUGGCCAACCCGAUUCACGUGAAAUUUUUGUCAACGUUUUAUAUGCACCGGAAAUUGAAGUCGAACGUCCAUUUGUGCAUACGGGCGUUGGCCAUGAGGCACAAUUGAUUUGUGUUGUGCACGCGGAACCACAAGCUCAUGUGAUUUGGUAUAAGGAAACAACGCAAAUUGGAACUACCGAACAACUAUCACAACAGAGUCGCGGAAAUCGACACACACUAACCAUUCGCAAUGUCACUUACAAUGAUUUCGGAAACUACACUUGUCAGGCAUCAAAUAGCCUUGGUAAGGAUCGUGCAUCACUUCAACUCAGUGGCAUUCCAUCGGUUUGCACAUUUGAUUCGCCUACACUUAGCAAUCACCGUGAUCAAUACAAUAUCUCGUGGGUGGUACAAAGCUUUUCACCAAUUCUCGAGUAUCGGCUAUUCUACCGCAAGCAAGCAUCCAGCAAUGGUAACGUGAAUCCAACCAGCAACAACGAUGUCAUUCACUAUGAAAAAUUCCCGAACAAUCACAAUAAUUUUCUAUCAACGUCACAAUUUCAUGGCGUAUACGAGCGUCACGCCGAAUGGGAAAAUAUUGUUAUUCCGCAAAUGCAUCAGUAUAAUAAUCAACAGAAUCAUCCGUAUCAACACAUGACAAAUAACCACAAUUCUCGUCACAGAAUGUCAUACCUAAUUAAAAGUCUAGCACCAUCUAGCAAUUUUGAGGCACGAGUACAAGCACGAAACGAUCAUGGAUGGAACAAACUUUCGAGCACUUUUCAUUUUUCAACACGAGCAGAAGAUUUGGAAAUGGAACCAUCUGCACAGCCAGCCGUUGCCAAGACUGCCGGCGUAUUCGACAAAGAUAGUCACAGCAGUUCAUCAGUAAUAGUCAACUCGUUGACCAAAAAAUUAUCCAUUUUCAUAUGCGUUUUGAGUAUAGCGCUUUGCUUAUGAUCCAUUUAACUAAUUUUCAUAAAUCUUAGAGUUGUAUAAAUUUGCGAAAAAAAAAGUUAAAUGGACACACACACACAUACAUAUAACAUUGAAAUACAAAUACACACCAUCCACUUUCUCUAUCUCUCGGUCUCAAUCUUUUUGUCUCGGUGUACACAGUGAACAAUGUCGACGGUGGUACAUAUUUAUUUCGAUACAAACACUCAACCCACAUAUUAGUAGUAUAAAUGUAUAUCGGUUACGUGAGAGUAAAAUUAUAUCUGCUUGUAUUGUUUAAUGCCUCCUCCCCCAAAAGAAGAAAUGGUUUUAAAUCAACCACAUAUGCUUACCUCAUCGCAACACAAACACAUUACACACACAUGCAUACAUUAAGUAUUUGUAUCGAAAUAAAAUUUGAAACUAAAUGAGAAAUUUAAAAGCUUGAGAAAAAAAAAACUUAAAAUGAAAAAAAAAAACAAACACACAGACAUUGACGGCGACGAAAGCAUCACUUAACCAAUUUUAUUCUUCCUGUUUGCGCUCAAGCAUCCGAGCGUAAUCACAUAAAUUCAACCGGGAUUCCACUAAAAAAUUAUAUCAACUACUAUAAUUUUGUGUUUAACUUUUUGAUUUCUAUGUAGCCAAACACCAAUCAUAUAUUUAAAAAAAAAGGAAGAAGAAAUCAACAAAAAAAGUAGACACUUUUUGUUCGCGGGAUGAUGAGAGAAGAAAGAUAUUCUGUAUAAAAUUAAGAUUGAAUGAAAAUACUCAAACGUUAAUGCUUGUCUAGUGGAUUUAAACAUGCCGGUAUAGAAAAAAUUUUCAUUUCAACGUUCGUAUGUGUGCGAGAUAUGCAUUUUGGUAUUUGCUACCAAAACGGAAUAAGGAAAAAAAACGGUAUAUAGUCGAAGCGUAUAAGCAUAGACAAUCCCAAGAAUUUGAAGAGAGAAAUUAUUGACGUCGGCUAUCUUUAAUCGAUAUUUACAAAACAAAGCAACAAAAAAAGAAGAAGAAGAUAACUUUUCACUAGUCGCCAUUGAAACAAAGAAUUAGCUAAGAUUCACACAGAUGUUGUAUUUUAUGAUUUAAGCUCGAAUGGUCGCUUUUAAAUUGAUAGUUUUUUUUUGUCGUCUGCACAAGAUUCUUCGACACCUUAAACGAAAAACUAUUCUUAUAUGAAAGAAACUUCCCCAUCCAUCACCUCACACAAAUAUUUACCUGGAGCACAACAUAAAGAUUUUUGACAAACUUUUGACCAGCUCGACAGCUUUUGAAAAUCACAAAAAAGUUAUGGCAAUAUAUUUUCAAUGAGGUUUUUCACAGUUUCACACAACAACACGAGCAGAUCUUAAUGAACAAAGCUAUACUCAUGCUUUUUAGUUUUCACAUUCAUAAAAAUACCGGUCAUUCCUUUCUGUCUCGAGUCGAAAUGAUUUUUUGGAUGUAUGUGUAUUCGAGCAGACACAAAAUGCAAUUACUAACGACCAUUUGGCUUAUGUCAGUGCUAAUGUUUUCUGCAUACGUUGAAUGCACAUCAGUUUUUACAUACAUAUAUAUAUAUAAACUAUAUUUUUUUGGCUAAAUUAAUUUUAAAAUGACAAAAUGAAAAACUCACAUAUGUGUAGUGUGUAUUGUGCAGAAAUUCAAACGAUUUAAUUAAACACAGAGAUAUAAUUCACAAUCUAAAACUUCAAUACACAUUAAGUGGUUCAAGAUAAUGCGCACUUGUACAACAACCUCGUUUUUUUUCUCUAACAUUAUACCGAAAAUUAAUUAAUUUAGUUCUUUUUUAUGCAAAAAAAAAACAACUUUUCAUACAUUUGCGAAUAUUACCACAAUCGAAUAACUUAAACAAUUUAUGGCGACAGCAAAAAAAAAUAAACACAUGCACUUUGGAAAACUUAAAUUUCUCAACAUUUCUUGUUUGGAAAUUGUAUGAAUGAAAUUUCAACUUCUGAGAAAGUAAAUUCAGCCAAAAAAAAACAAAAUGAAUAAAAAAAAAGUGUGUUGUCGGUAAUUUAUGGGAGGAAAAAUUUAAGUUAAGAUUACAUUUAACAUUCAUGAUGUGAAAUUGUGUUCAAAUGCUCAAAUUCACAAUUUCUCCAUAUAUGUCUUCAUUUUGAUAAACGCAUACGGAUCAAACAAAGAAAUAUAAACCGACUAUUUAUUAAUUUACUGUUCAUUUACUGUUCGAAUACUACCGACUUUUUGGCCACAGAAAAUGUUCGCGAUUCGUACAAAAUGGAAUCGUCAUCAUUGUUACUUUUUUCCGGUCAAUAUAAUGACCGUAUCAUAAUAAAAAUUUGCCCCCGCAUUUCACACGCUAUUAACUCAAAUUUCAUCGUCGUACAUCAAAAUAUAUCAACAAGUUUUUAUCGCGAUUUUUUUUUUUUUUUGGAUUUUGUUUGUUAUUCGGAGAGAUAACGAAGAUGGAUAUAAAAUCGCAGCAUAUUUCAAGUAAUUGCUAUUGCUAAAGAAUGAAAGAAAGUUAAGAAAAAAAUGGAUGUGGCGGGAACAACAAAUAGAAAAAAAAA